CUGUAUAAUUCUUAACAAUUCUAAUACCAAAUUCAACAAUAAUUUAUUAAAGAUGUACGUGUUUAAUGGCUAAAAUUACAAUUUUACUGCGUAGUAUAAUAGAAUUUCUCAUUUCUUAGAUAAAGUAAGGCGUAGAAGGCUUGAAGCUCGGAACUCGAAGUUUAAAAUAUAAACAUAACACUUAUGUAUAUGUAUCACCCCAACCCCUGCUACUUUCUCAAUUGAAUGACGAGACGUUUCGCGGGCAAUCAUUCGAUUGUCGAAUCUCGCAACAGCUCGUACUACGUUGCAUCAGAUAUAUAACUUUUCCUAACCUAUUGAUAGCGUUCUUUCGAUGGCGUUGCUUCUUCGACACUUUUCCAUUUAUAUCUCAUUAAUAGUGUCAUUUAAUUAAUACGCGUGUGUUUAAUGAUUCAUUGAGCGUUAAGAUAACGAAAUCGAGUAGUGCUUUGAAACUGUUCGUGCCAAUUUUCCUUCAGUCAUCGAUUUCAUUCGUACGGUCACCAAUAGUUUGUCUCAUAAUUGGAUUGUGGGAAAAACUUAGGAAUAAUAGAGGAAUGCCACGAUGAUUAACAAUAAAUCCAUGUAGUUAUGGCAACAUUUGACUUAUUUUAACGAAGAUAAAUGGUGAUUGCGGAAGAAAGUGGAACAAUAGAGGGAUAAUGCACGAUAAUGAACGAUGAAUCCAUACAAUUAUGAUAACAUCUGACAUGUAUUUCAAUGAAGGUGGACAUAUUUAUACACUCAUUUUCUUAUUUUAUUGAGUAAUUGACGAUAUUUAUUUGAUAUUCAAUUCAUAUUCUUAACAAAUAAUUUUCGGAAAGGAACGCUGACGAUUCGAUUCUGCGCAUCGCGUCGUUUGAAUACUGCGCAGGCAAUAAAAGUGCGCCAUAUUUGAUUUGUUUGAAAUCAAAUAUUUCAAACAAGUCAAAUAUGGCGGACAAAUCAAAUUAUGUUAGUAUGUUUAACCUUUAAUGGUGGUCAUUCAGAACUAUAUUCUGACAUCACGCGAUUUAUUGCAGAAUUUUCAGAACUACCAUUUUUUCCUGCUCUUUGGGAAGGAAAUACUAGUGCUCCAAAACUAAGCAUGUAAGAAUCUUCUUUAUAUAUCGUUUUUCAAUUAAUUUUAUUUCUUACUUUGCUUCAUUAUUAAUUAAAAAAUAGACUUUGGUUUCAAUUUUUUUUAUCAUUAAAAUAUCAAAUUUCACUGUCUGAAAUUUUUUGAACAAUCAUCAUUGCAUUUCAACAUAAGUAGUAAUAAUUUGUAUUCUGUUAAAGGUUUUUACUCCUUCCUUUUGUUUCAUUCCCUGGAAAGGAUGUAAUGGUACAUCAAAAGCCAAGA